AUGGCUGACAAUCUGGAUUUAAAUGCGGUUCCAAAUGAUAUAUUGGAUUCGGUGUUAGCGAGCACAAAGAGAUGUCGUCGGAGGUUGAUGAAGGGUGGUGAAGCUGUGACGAACAAGGUGGUUGAUAAGUCCAAUAAAUCAUCGGAUCCAAAGGAGAAAAAGAGUGGUGAAGUUGAAAAGAGCUCUAAUUCUUCGAAUGUAGUUAGAACUUCACUGAGCCUGUUGUUUGCAAAGCCUGUUCCUGUUCCAGAUGACUGCAUAGAUCCCCGAUGGAAAUGGUUCAAGAACUGUCUAGGAGCAUUAGAUGGAACAUAUAUAGAUGUGACUAUCCCUGAAGAAGAUAAAUCAAGAUACAGAACAAGAAAGGGUAAAAUAUCAACCAACGUCCUAGGCGUAUGCAAUCGAGAUAUGAAUUUUGUGUACGUACUUAGUGGAUGGGAAGGAUCCGCAUCGAAUUCAAGAGUCCUUAGAGAUGCAAUUUCACGUCGUAAUAACCUCAAGAUACCAAUUGGGAAUUAUUAUUUAGUGGAUGCUGGUUAUACUAAUUGCAAGGGGUUUCUAGCACCAUAUAGGCAAACUCGAUACCAUGUACAAGAAUGGGCCUAUGGUAGAAAUGCGCCUAGAAACUUUCGAGAAUAUUUUAACAAGAAGCACUCUUCAGCUAGGAACAUUAUUGAACAUUGUUUUGGUUUAUUGAAGAAGAGAUGGGCAAUUUUGAGGAGUCCUUGUUUCUACCAAAUCAAAACACAAAAUAAAAUAAUUAUUGCUUGUUGUUUAUUACAAAAUUUUAUUCGGCUUAAUAUGGACUCCGAUCCUGAGGAGGACGUAUCACUUGAGAAUGAGCAAGUGCUUAUUGGAGAGGAGCAUGGUGAUAACCAAGAUGGCGAUGAUGAAAUGAUUGAUAGUGUAGAGGACAGCAAUGAAUGGAAUGUUUGGCGAGACAACUUAGCACAUGAAAUGUACAAUGAGUGGAUGUAUAGCCGAAUUAAUUAA